AUGGAAAAUACGAUAACCCAAGAUGACCUUAGAAGCAUGCAAUACAUGAACGAGGCUGUAUUUUCUACACUGCUAUUGGGGUUUUCUAUUUGGAGAUCAUCUAGAAGCACGCUCCCCAGCUACAAUAUAUUCAAAGGAAAGCUCAGAAGCCUUGGAUCACUGUUCAUAUUGACUUCGAUAUUGUUUUCAACAGUUUAUAUAUGUACGGUUGCAUAUCUUAGUACAAGGGUUGAUAUAGAUAAGCUUUGGAUAGAGAUUAACGGAGUGUUAGAUGCAAAGUAUCCUAUAAAAUACAAGAGCCUGAGUGUUGAUCUGGUGUAUAUUCUGAACAUCUCUCUUAGUGUGUCUAGAGUUCUUAGAAUGUCAGCUAUUUUCCUUUUGAUUGGAUUGUGGGGGCCAUGUGCAUAUUCAGUGUUCAACAGUGGAGAACGAGCAUUUGAUGUAUUCCGAACAAAUAUGUCUGUGGCAAGAACCUUUGUUACGAAAUCUAUAUUCAACACUUCGGUCAUUACUUUCUCAAAGAUAUAUGCAGUUUUGAGAGCACCUUUGAUUUUGUACUAUUACAGCAGACCUAAGAUAGGAAAUGAAAAAACGGCUAUUUUCAUGGAAUCGUUCUUCUUGGGAAGUGAAGUUUAUCUCUCAGUGGUGCUGUUGAUGAUUCUCAAAGCAAAGCAUGGAUUUCUUUCUGAAUACAAAUCACUUGACAGUACAAAUCUACUAAGUUUUUGCUUGAUGCUCCAUGGGUUCCUCACAUACACGGUAAAUACUGUAGCAAUUCCAUUUGAGAUGACAGAAUUAUAUUACCAGAUUCAACAAAGCUUGAAUUUCGGUAUAAGACUUAUUCUGGAUAUGCUCUUGAUUUCUAUGUUCUGUCCGAUGCGUGAUCAAUUAUUUGAUGUUCCUUUAAACAACAAACAUGCAAAAAACCUUGAAGUAACAAGAAUCUCACGAUUUGAAGAUUCUGGACCCAUAGUUCAGGAAAUAGAAAGUAUAAUUGAGUUUGAAGAGAAGGAAAUAGCAAAAUAA